ACAACAAAUCCAGUUUUAAAAUAUUUUAAAAUCAAUAGUAACUUGCAUAUAAACACUAGUAAAUUGCCAUAACUGUGUAGUGUAACUAAUUUGUACACAUAGUUAUUUAGGUGUGUAAAUUAUCAUGGUUGAUAAUAGUGAUAAUAAGGAAGAUUAUCUAGAAUUUUCCCUCUGUGGGAAUGACACAACAUUGAUAGUUCGAGAGGUAUCCAUUGACAAUAUAACCAGACCAACAGAAUACAGUGAAACUCCCAAUGACGCGAAUGAAGAAUAUCCUAAGAGUCUUGAGCCAGCACAUUCAGGAUAUCCAACUGCAACUUCAAUAUCGUUUAAAGAGGUAAGAAAGUCCAGUUCAGACAUUCGAGCGUCUCAUACGCGCCACAUGAACGCUCUUUCUACAAAGAAAUGGUCAGGAAACACGUAUUUUGAAGAGGAAAUCCGCAGACUCCGAAAUAUACAAUAUGAGAAGGAAAAGAAGCAGGCGUUGAAAAUGAGAAAGUUGUGGAAAAGCUUUCAGAAAGAGAUUCUGAAGGAUAAAAGACGUGCGUUGUUAAAAAGCAGUGGGCCAGAGUGGUGGCAAGAACCUUCUACAAAGCAAAUUGUCUUGGCUACAACAUUGAGGGACGUGAUUGUGGCAGACUUUGAAGAAGAGGUGACCGGGAGAACUCGUCAGUGGCUACUGGAUUUAGGAGUUACAACACGACUGUCUCCCCAGCAGGUACGGCGGUGUAUGAAGCUGUCUCUACUGGAGCCGGUUGACUUUUUGCUUGAAACACACACACAAUUAGUCAAAGCCCAAGCGACUGUUAAGAAGAAGGGAGACCUGCAAAGACCUUUUUCUGUUGACGAACGCCUCUUGUUGUCCGCUGUCUGUGUGCUUCAGCUACCAACGCUCUUCACAAUGUUGCACUACGUGCUUCCUCCUCCCAAGCCUUACCCGGUGGACAAGUAUUUCCAAGAACUACUCUUUGGAGACCUAGAUGACGAGACCGUAAGAUAUUCCUCACCCUACAUGGAGCCUUUGCCUUUUCGCAACAAAGUCGAUUUCGACGAUUGGGCCUUCGGGAAGAUUUGUAGCGCUUUACUCCCUAUAAUAUUAUUAGAUAAUAAGGUGGGUAAAAAGAAAUCAGAAAUUUCGGAACAAGUUACGUCAGAAUUGAAAUCUUCUCUUCUUGAACAUCAAAACGCUCGUGUAUCCGCCAAUUCUUCGACUAUUCCUAUUUUACUAAGCUAUUGUUUAUCAAAGAGGAGGCUAACGGAUUCUUUAAAGGUAAAUGUGGAUAAAAAGUCCCUGCGGGGAAGAACAUUUGGACGUCGUUUGACCAUGAUCGGAAAGAGGAAGAGCAAGAAAAAACUGUUCGAUUUUUCUUUGUUAGAUAAACAAGAGCAAUUCAAGACUUUGUCAGAGACUACAUUGACGAAGGCGGAUGAAGAAAACAAAACUUCCAUGGUGAACAAAGAUAGUGCAAAGCCACUACCACUCCCCAAAAAAGAUGGGUCUACUUACACAAUCCAAACGCCACCAGACGCUGCCAAGCAAGUGCCAGGACAGGGAAGUGAUUAUCUCAUACCGGAACCAAUUUAUAGUGAUGACUACGAGAAUAUUUAUCCAGAAUACUACUAUGGUGGAAGAGAGGGGAAGAGGACUUUAUCACGAAGAACGGUAGCCACUGAAGCGUCGAACACUUCAAAGUUAACCCUACCUUCUCGCACAGGCUUUGAAGGCUCGUCUCUCAAAAUGAGCCAAGAGCCACGCGUGUCACUGGAUACACUACAAGGCGUUUUGAAAGACAUUCAAGAUCUGCAUGAAAAGGAACAUCUGAAGAAAGCGAUUGAGAUCUUAUCGGAAAUGGGAGAUCCUGUAGCACAACUUCCCAAAAUUGAUAAACUUCCAGCAAUACAAAGAUGGUUAGAGAUUCGCCGUGGAAAGAACCGAAUAUUGUCCCAAAAAACCAAGGAUGAGCUACUGAACCUUAGUAGAGGGAUGUGGAAAUCUGUAGACUUAAGUUCAUCGACUAAAGGUCCUAAAGUCCAGAUUUCAAAACGAGAAGAGAGGAAACUCACAUGGGAUCGGAAAAAAUGGUUGGAAUCUGAGGUGAAGAAAGAAACAAAAAAAUACCACACGACAAUCAAACAGGAAAAGGUGGAUAAUGCGAGAGCAUUUUUCCCAACCAUGCUGAAUCAUUACGAUUACGGAUCAAAACUGAAUAGAAGAUUUCGAGAUGUUUACUUUACAUAUUUCCCUGCAAGAGAAGCAGACAGUCAUGUCCACAGACCUUGGCAACCUCAAGAAACAAGAAAUGCUAUAAAAUAAAUUUAUGAAUUACACUUUUAUUUCA